GUUCUGAGCUGGAGUUUCCUCCUCACUACUACUACUACUGACUACUCUCACGUGUGUUCGUGUGUUUACCGGACAACAUUCCAUGUGUGUGCCGGCAGACCCCGCCCCUGUACGGAUAGAGAAGGGUCCCCGCCCUCCGGAGUUUAUAAAAGUCUAGCCCACAACCCAGAGAAAACUUUGAGAAAAUAUCAAGGAGUACCGUCCGCUCGCUUUAAUCGUAUCGGAUUUAUCAGAAGUGGUGGGCUGAACAGCAUCAGCAUCAGGAUUGUUUUGACACCAGAUCUGUUGUGAAAAACAGAGAAAACAAGCUUUAUUCAUCAGGUUUGAAAUAUGAAGGAUUUUACCUGGACCAGACUGCAGUCAGCUGAUAAUUGCAUACCGAUGGAUCUUCACAAGCAGACCCUGAGCGCCCUGGGGAACAGCCCGGCCCGAAGGAGCCUGUUUGGCCCCGUGGACAGAGAGCAGCUGCAGGUGGAGUACCAGGCCGCCCUGAGGAGAGACCUGGACCAGGCUUGCCAGCGAUGGGGCUUUGACUUCGUCUCAGAUAAGCCUCUGGAGCAGAGCGUGUUCCAGUGGGAGGGCAUCCCAGGCAGCGAGGUACCCCUGCUUUACAGAUCAUGUCUGCCUGGUCUGGGACACACAGAAGGUCAGAGAGCAGCAGAGGCAGAUCUAAAGCCACGGGGAAGAGGAAGGGUGGGGCAGCCUCACAGUGAGGAGGAGAACAUCCACUGUUCACCAGAGAGAUGUGAGCUCCACCCGGAGAAAACACCAGAGAGACGAGAGGACACAGGGCUGAAGAGGAAACAGACCAACAUAACAGAUUUCUACCAGUCUAAAAGAAGAUUCAUUUGGACGCCACGCAAAUCCGGAGAGUGAUUUUGGUGUAGUUUUCUGCUGAGGUGCCAAUAUCCCAUAUUACUAGACUCAGGAAAUCCACCCUCUGCACAGACUCUAAACGGCCACUCCCUAGGAGGGCUCUGACCCCGGGAAUCCUCUACCAACAGAAGGGACCUCAGCUAUGUGUCAUCAUCACAUUAAAAAACUAUGAGGUUAAUUAGGGUACUGUGUCCAAUCUGAGGGGGGGGGGGGGGGGGGUGUUUUUCCCCAACGUCAAGAAGGGGACAUUUGAGCAGAGAAGAUUAACGGUAAUCUCUGGAAUCAGUGGAUUUAUAGUCAUUUGGAUCAUGGGCAUGCCAAAGACAUUUCCUACUGUGCAUCCCACAGCGCUGAAAAAGCGGUCACGUCCCUGCUGUGUAGAGACUCUGUACCUGUGAGAGGUAUGAUGGAUGAACACAUUACUGUAUUCACUUGGAACAGAGGUCAUGUCGGUUAUAAUCCUUAAGGAGUGGCUAUGACAAAUCUGCAAACUUAUGAAUAUAGUAGAGAAUAGAUGAAGCCCUUUGGCUCCUUUGUUAAAUUCCACUAUGUUUUUUGUUAAUGUGAAUCAUGAGGAGUCCAUUUUUAUGCAUUUUUUUACUUAUUAUAUCCGGAUGUAAAGUAAUUUCUUUUUCUACCAUCAUGUACUUGUGAUUGCUUGAAGAGCUUUGAUAUCCUGUACACAUAGUUGCUUUGCUUUAGGCUUUAAAUGAUAGAAGUGC